AUGAAAUAUCAGUGUAGUCAGAAGACAAGUAAACACAGCAGCUGUAUCCAGAAGACAGGUAAACCCAGCAGAUGUAUCCUGGAGACAGUACAACACAGCAGCUGCAUCCAGGAGACAGGUAAACCCAACAGCUGCAUCCAGGAGACAGGAAAACACAGCAGCUGCAUCCAGGAGACAGGAAAACACAGUAGCUGCAUCCAGGAGACAGGUAAACCCAGCAGAUGCAUCCAGGAGACAGGAAAACACAGCAGCUGCAUCCAGGAGAUAGGUAAACCCAGCAGUUGUAUCCAACCGACAGGUAAACACAGCAGCUGCAUCCAGGAGAUAGGUAAACACAGCAGUUGUAUCCAACCGACAGGUAAACACAGCAGCUGCAUCCAGGAGAUAGGUAAACCCAGCAGUUGUAUCCAACCGACAGGUAAACACAGCAGCUGCAUCCAGGAGAUAGGUAAACACAGCAGUUGUAUCCAACCGACAGGUAAACACAGCAGCUGUAUCCGGGAGAAAGGUAAACACAACAGCUGUAUCUGGGAGACAGGGAAACAGUAG